AAGCGAGCUUGACACACUACGGUUAGUACGAGACUAAGAUAUUCGAGAUUGUAACAGUUGUAGUUUGCAAAAAGAGAAAGGCGUUGUUAUUGUUGAAUCAUAUGGUUUGGAAUCUACUUUUUGGUCAACCCAUUGCGAAGAUGGAGUUCCAUGUUAUCCUUUGCCUGAUCGCUUGUUUUGUUGCAACUGUCCGAGCUCGUAGUCUGCCAGAGGAAUCGUCUGAUCCACGCAAUAGCGCGCGAUUUAAAGCGUUUGAAAUGAGAUUUCUACAAAUGCUUGGAAUGAAGGAGAAGCCAACGACAAAACGGAACGUUGUUGUGCCUCAAUACAUGUUGGACUUGUACAACAGCCGUGUGAGAGACCCUGAAUAUAUUUCAACAAAUAUGGUGUUCAAAGAUUUUGCAACCACGGCCAACACUGUUCGUGCGUUCCACCACAAAGACGCACCUGAGAGCGAUCGCCAUGCAAACAGAGCGAAAAGAAACGUUCAUCUUGAUAUUGCUUCGGUCCCCCUGCACGAGGAAUUGGUAAAGGCCGAAUUUCGUGUGUUUAACAAUCGUUACGGUUCAGAAGAAGCUAUCGGAAGGAAUAUCAUCAAUGUUUAUCAGUUGAUUGCCCCAGGUGUAAGGAAACUACUCGAUUCAAAGAUUGUCAAUGCUACUUCAGUUGGAUGGCAAAGCUAUGAUGUGCUUCAAGCUGUGCAGCAUUGGCAUAAAACACCAGGCGAAAACUUUGGCUUGGAGAUGGAGGUAAUGAGCGAAAAUGGGAACCCUACUGAUAUAUCACAUUUACAUUUUGACAAACCUCAUGAUAUGGACGAUGAUCAAUGGCCCCAUCAGCGACCUUUACUAGCUCUGUAUUCUCGCGACCCUAAUACUCAUUUGCAUAAAAAGCGGGAGCGACGGAGUGCUUCACAAUGGAGCAAGUACAAGGGAUUAUGUAAACGAUUUAGUCUGGUCGUAGACUUCGUAUCACACCUUAGUUGGAACUGGGUUGUUCAACCGACGAGAUACAACGCUUAUAUGUGUAGAGGGGAGUGCCGUUACCCGAUGGCAGAACACAUGAACACCACAAACCACGCAAUCGUUCAAACUCUAGUUCAUAACGUAAAGAAAUAUAAAAAUAAAGUUCCCGCUGCCUGCUGUGUACCAACUGAAUUAAUACCAGCCAUGUUGUUGCUGAGCCAUGACAACGCUAUAGAGUUAAAAGAUUAUCCUGAUAUGAGCGUCAUUGCCUGUGGUUGCCGGUAAAUCUAUCAAGGAACCAACCUUCGUCUAUAAACACACGUGUCUCGAGCCACGAGUGCUCUGUCAAGACAUACUUUGGCCUUGAAGUAAAAUCCAUUAAAUCCUCGAGCAUAAAAUCGCAAUGAACGAUUGAGGAAUGUUAUGGUUGUGUCACAUCAACAAGCUUUUGUAAGAAUUUCUAGAGUCAAGGACAUUUGAGAAUACGAACUAGCUAUCAAUCCGUUGGUAACCUUGUAUUGCUUGAAUAGCCUAGAAAACUUUAGUCUGCAUGGUCAAGAAUUAUUCUUUAAAUUUGAUGUUUUAACCCUGGCUGCACGAAUUUUAUCCUAAGCAAUUUAUUUUUCCAGACUCGUGUAUAAAAGAGCAACCUUUUUCAAUUCCAUAUAUCAUAAUAUAGCUAAACUUUUUUGUGGUGUGACCACGUUAUACACAAAAGACAAUACUUGGUAACUAUAAAUGUCUAUAAAACUUUGAAUCAAACAUUAAUUUAUACUGUAUAAUUCAUUAGAACAUUAUUAUAAUUUACAUAACAUUGUAUAGUGUAUAUUAAGGCAUAUUUG